AUGGAGCUUUCAAAAAAGCUCCGUCUUACGGGUUCUUCGAUGAUACCCAGAAUAUGCGUAGUCGGCGCUGGAAUAGCUGGUCUUCGAUGUGCCGACGUAUUACUUCAACAUGGAUUCAAGGUCACAAUCUUGGAAGCACGGGAUAGAAUUGGAGGUCGUCUGCACCAAACCAAGCUUCCUUCGGGUCAAUUGGUUGACCUUGGUCCCAACUGGAUACAUGGGACCGAACACAACCCAAUUUUGGAUCUUGCAAAGGAGACCGAUACACCCUGCCACACUUGGGAAGGAAGAUUUAAUGUAUUUGAUGAGGCAGGUCACGAAUUAAAGAAUGGAAAGGAGUUAAGUGAAGCCAUGUGGGGUAUCGUGCUCCAGGCAUUUAAACACUCUACUGAGAACGCAUCAACGAUCGAUCCUAAAGAGAGUCUUCACGAUUUUUUUGCCGAGAAAGUCAAGGAGGUUUUCCCAGAUGCAGCCAGCCACGAACAACAGAGAAAGCUUGUGAUGCAGAUGUCCGAAAUGUGGGGCACUUUUGUUGGAAGCCCGGUCCAAAGGCAAAGCUUGAAGUAUUUCUGGCUGGAAGAAUGUAUAGAGGGAGAGAAUCUAUUCUGUGCGGGCACGUAUAAGAAAAUACUUGAUCAUAUUGCCAAGCCAGCGCUCGCAAAUGCCGAUGUCAGGCUUUCAACAAGAGUCAGAAGCAUCGAUACUAGCGCCGAUACUGUUAAAGUCUUCACUGAUGAUGGAAAUGAGUUCCAUUUUGACGAGGUUAUCGUCACGACCCCACUUGGAUGGCUCAAGAGAAAUAAAGAAGCUUUCGUCCCGUCGUUACCCCCACGUUUUGCCCAAGCCAUCGAUGCUAUUGGCUACGGCUGUCUCGAAAAGGUAUAUAUAACUUUCCCUCGAGCGUUCUGGUUGGAAGAUUCAAUCCCAUCCGAAGAGCAGACUUUCACCGGGUUCACGCAGUGGCUGUCCCCUAUGCACGCACCCGACACGAAUCCUCAACGCUGGGGUCAGGAAAGUGUUGAUAUGUCCACUCUUCCCGAAUCUUGUUCUCAUCCCACCUUGCUAUUUUACAUAUUCGGUGAUCAAUCAAUAUCUCUCUCAAAGGAGCUCGCAGCAUUACCAUCACAGGAGGCACGAACUGCUCACCUGGUCAAUUUCUUCAAGCCCUACUACUCAUUGCUUCCUCACUAUGUUGAUGGUUCAAAAGACUGUACUCCAGCAUCAUGUCUCGCGACAAGCUGGGUAACCGAUGAGCUGGCUGGGUACGGUAGUUAUAGUAAUUUCCAAGUCGGUCUUCAAGAGGGCGACAAAGACAUCGAGAUCAUGAGAGAAGGGCUGCCUGGUAGAAACCUCUGGUUUGCCGGCGAGCACACUGCACCGUUCGUGGCCCUGGGAACCGUCACAGGUGCGUACUGGAGUGGCGAGGCCGUGGCGAAGAGAAUCGCGGACGCGUAUGGGAAGGGAAACCUAUGA